GGUCCUAGAUGAGGUGGAUCAUCACUCUGCUCUGUGAUCUUGUGCACACCAAGGAAAUUCUUUCCACGCUUCUCUUUUGGUCUCACCGGUGUUUUUAGGAGAGAAAAAUUAGGCUGAGCCCUGGAAAGCAGUCACCGAGUUCAGAGAGCAGCAGUGUAGAUCCCCCCGUGUGGUGAUGGGUGUGUGGGUGAAAGGAUAGCACUGUGUCCCGCAGUUUCACUUCACUCUGCCUCUGAGGAGGAGGUUUAUGAGUGAAUAAGAGUUUCAGCUCCAUUCUGAGUUUCUGUACCAAACCUAUACUUUAAAAAAUAGAACACAACCAAAAAAACCCGUUGUUUCUAUUUAGGGUCAAUUUUUUAUUCAGAAGGUGGUUCCUUUUGAUUCCGUUUUCUCUUUCUGGUUAACUCAGUGAUGUGAAGUACGUGGAAAGGGCUCCCCCCUGGUUCAUUUUCUGUUCCUCUGAAAGCUGGUUUUGUCACAGUGUGGAAUUUUGAUGAUUUCUUCAUAAUGGUAUGUGGUUUCUGAUAGUUGUGUGUGCGUGGUUGCAAGGAUUGGUUGUAGUCAGGUAGUCACUGAGCUGAUGUCAGUCGCUGGUGGGUAGAAGCUGCUGCUCUGGGAGCCAGUUGCUGUGCCAUUGGCUCUGUGGCUGGAGCAAAAUACAGAUUUAUAUGAUGAUUCUAAAAAGCCAUAGGUUCUCUAUGCUGAAUAAGGUGUAAAUUUCAGUAUUGGGCUGAAAGAUCAAACAAUGUUGGCACACUUAUUUCGGGAGUGAAAAAUCUGGAGAAUGCAAUUAGUGGGGGUAAAUUGACCUGUACAGAAUUAAUCUGAAUUAAACCAAAUAGUACUGGUGCUGCAGGUUGAUGUUCCUCCAGAUGUUCCAGUCAGAGUCCAGAUGCUCCAAGCUCAGCCCAUCGCUGCCUGCAGCCUUUGGAGCUGCCCCUGGCUCCAGGCAGGCAGGUGCAGGUGGACUCACAAUUCCAACUGUCCUUGCUAGAAAAUGGCUUCUGGGAAUCAUGUUUCUGGAAGGUGUCUGCUUGGCCGCUGGUCUGGCUUCUGGAAGUGUAAUUGGGUUGGCCAGUGAGAUAAUGAGGACAGUAUUCAUCUCUGUUGAUUGGUAUUGUAGAAUACAUAAAAUUUGCCACUGCUUCCUCACUGGGAAUAAUUCCAGAGGAUGUUGUUUGUGACCUGCAGGGCUGGUUUGGAGCCCAGCUAUGCCACUGCUCUGUGGGCUGAGCAUUCGGUGGGUUUUAAAACCCUGUGUUUUUGGAUCCAGUGAGAAUUCCUGUAGCUCUGUGUGCCAUGGAACAAUGGGAAUCUGCUCUCCUUGUGUGGCCUAUGAGGAUUGAGGUGAGCAAAGAUGUAUGAAGGCUGUGCUCAGGUUCUGUGGAGACUUACGAGAAUGUGCCUGAAAAGUGGUAUUUCUUGUGUUUCUGUUCUGCUUUAAUUUUUUCUGCACCCUUUAGGGGAUAUUUGCAUUGUUUUUAACAGCCUGUGCUGGUGAUCUCUGUCAUUUCUGGGUAUUCAGGCUGAGCCCAGUCCACAUGAUCUGUUAAAACCCGCCAUCCCAGGAAUUCCUGCACUCACUGAUCAGAUUUCGGUGCUCAUGAAUAGUUGGUGACAAACUCGUGGAUUUUCCAGGAAACACCACUAUGAACUGGUUUCCUUGUAAGGAUGUUUGGAAACCUUGUGAAGAUCCAGGGUUGUAUCAUGAACCAGAUGAGUGAAAUCAUCUUCCUGGAAUUUGUGUUCAUUUGGGAUCUGGAUUGUGGUAAAAGGGUUCCUCAGCCAAAAGUUCCUCAUAACGAAUUCUGGUAAAGGUUGUGAUUAAGUUUCCUCUUGAUGUGUGGUGAUGGUGGAAUCAUCAGGAUGGGCCACAGGACAGUGGCUGCUUGCUGGCCCGAGGACCUGGGGUCCUCAGGGUAAGACCAGCCACUGUGGUUCCAUCCCAAGCAGCCCAGCUCCCAUGAGUGGGGUUUGCAGUCAGGUUCCUGUCAGGGUCAGGGAUGCAGUUCAGUCCCUUGCUCAUGGAUUCCUGGAUCUCAUGGGAGCUGCUGCUGCUAAUUGUGUUGAAAUGUGGUUUUGUCAUGCGAACAGACUCCUGCUGGGGGAUAUUCUAUGACUGGAUGAAUUUGCAUGUGUGAAACCUCGGAGAGGAGAAGUUGCUGCUUGCUUCCUGUCACUCGCUUGUGUUGCUGGCAGUAAGCUAGUUUCUUCCCAAAGUGACUUCAAAGAAAUGAAAUUUGUUCUGAAAUUUCUUUCUGAAGAAUGAGUUUCCUGAUGUUUCCCUCACAGCUUUUGUGAGGUUUGCAGGGGAAGUUGUGAUCCUCUCUUGUACUUCUGUGGAAUGCCAGUGGCAUUGCUAGAGGGGGAUGGAUCCCUGUUGUGGCUCUUGGUGCAUUCCUGCUUGGACAUAGUCGCUCCUCUUGUGGGUCAUUCUUGGGGUGUGACUGCUCUGCCUUUGCUGGGGCUUCCACUUGGCCACCUUGUGUGCUGUAGAUAUAUUUUUGGGUAAGAUUGAGGGAUGGAGGCAUUUUUCUCUUUAAAGCAGUGCAAUCUUUAAACCUGAAACAUGAACAACUUCAGCCCAGCUGAGGAGGAAACUCGACAUGAAGGGAGUGUUGGCCAUGGCCAAGCUGAUGUGUGUGUGAUGGAGAUAAUUCAGAAGCGUCCGGUUACAGGUACAGGUGGUACCACUACGGCACUGCCAGACACCCGAGCGCCCACACUCAUUUUCUGCAGCUCCCAGCCUCCUUGCCCUCCCACGCUGUCCUGAUGGAGUUGUUUCCCCUCAUCUCCUUGCCACCUCAGGGAAGGAGCUGGUGAUGUUCAGAUCUGUUCUCCCACAUUUUCCCUGUGUUUCUCUCUUUCUACAUUUGGCUCUGGUGAUCCACAUCAGAUUAUGGAAAGGGAAGGGCAUUCUUGCCAUUGUGGAUCCCUGCCAUGUAUUGGCCUUGGCUGCAGCUCUUCCUUGACCUGCUUGGAUCUUUCUGGGAAGCAAAGGUUUCACUAUAAAGAAUUUCUCCAUCUUUCUUUGCACAGAUCAUCAUGGCUCCUUCUAGCCCCGCUACUCACCCCUCCUGUUCCAGUAAUCACUGCCCCACCGUGUUCCCUCUGUCCAGAAGGAGCACACAGAUUCCAGUGGAUCAGGAAUCUGGUCCCAGAGUUUGGGAUCUCCAGCUCGCACGUCAAGGUGCUUUCGUCCCCGGCGGAAUUCUAUGAACUCCUGAAGGUGCAGAUAAAAGCAGCCAAGCAGCGGGUGGUGAUGGCCUCACUGUACCUGGGAACAGGACUCCUUGAGCAGGAGCUGGUGUAUUGCUUAGAAGAAACACUGGAGAAAUCACUGCAAGCAAAAAGCUCACCUGACCUCAGAGUUUCCAUUCUCCUCGACUACACCAGGGGCUCCCGGGGCAGGAAGAAUUCUCGAACAAUGCUGAUCCCAUUGCUGCAGCGAUUUCCCGAGCAAGUCCGCGUGUCCCUCUUCCACACUCCAAACCUGCGUGGACUUCUCCGGCUCCUGAUUCCAGAGCGUUUCAAUGAGACCAUUGGGCUGCAGCACAUCAAGGUCUAUCUGUUUGAUGACAAUGUGAUCCUGAGCGGUGCAAACCUGAGUGAUCUGUACUUCACCAAUCGUCAGGACCGCUAUGUCUUGCUGCGGGACUCUCCCGAGAUCGCAGACUUCUUCACAGAGCUUGUGGACGCGAUUGGAGACGUGUCCCUGCAGCUACGGCAGGAUGACACAGUCCAGAUGAUGGAGGGAAUGGUUCACCCAUACCAAGGGGACAAAGUGGCUUACUGUGAGAUUGCCAACCGGAGGGUUAUGGAGGUCAUCAACUCUGCCCGGACACGGCAAGAGCUCCUUCAUGCAAAGACUUUCCACAGCAGCCAGCCAGGCAGCUCCCUCCUAUCCCAGCAAGGCUCUCAAGCAUCUGGGAGCCUGAAACCAGAACCUGACACCUGGAUCUAUCCCUUAAUCCAAAUGAAACCUUUUGGGAUUCAAAUAGAUGAGAUAGUCACAGAGACACUGCUGACAGAGGCUGAGCGGGAUGCCAGGAUAUACCUCACCACUGGCUACUUCAACUUGACACAGGCCUACAUGGACCUCAUCCUGGGCACAAGGGCUGAGUACCGGAUCCUCCUGGCCUCACCAGAGGUCAAUGGGUUUUUUGGUGCCAAAGGGGUGGCAGGUGCCAUCCCUGCUGCCUACGUUUACAUUGAACAUCAGUUUUACAGUGAGGUCUGCUACCUGCAGCAGCAGGAGAGGGUGCAGCUGCAGGAGUACUCCCGUGCCGGGUGGACGUUCCAUGCCAAAGGCCUCUGGCUGUACCUGGCAGGGAGUGACCUGCCCUGCCUGACCCUGAUUGGCUCUCCAAAUUUUGGAUAUCGAUCAGUUCAUCGUGACUUGGAAGCUCAGGUUGCCAUAGUGACAGAAAAUAAGACCUUGCAGCAGCAGCUCCACCAGGAGCAAGAGCAGCUUUACCUCUGCUCAGGUGUGGUCUCAACAUCAACGUUUGAGCAGCCAAAUCGUUAUGUGAAACUGUGGGUGAAGCUGGUCACACCUCUGAUCAAGAAUUUCUUUUGAAAGAAGAAAAGUUGCUGCUUUGGGUUGAAGGUCCAGACGUAGGUGGGCCCUCGCAUCCGUGUCUUGUAGACGGGACAUUCGUAGACGUUGGUGGUGUCCAUGCGGUCCACGGGGACGGCUCUGAGCAGGAUGACCGGCAUCUCAGGCGUCAGCUCCUUCAUCCGCGCGUCCGCGAUCGACCCCGAGGGCACGUCCCAGCGCGCACCUGCAACGGCACGGGGUGCCUCGCUGGGCUUCAGAACUGCUGAUGGCUGCGAGCUCAAAGGGGAAGGCUGGGUAGAGUGGCUCAACGGUGGCUAGGUCUGUUCUCAUCUCACUGUGACCCAGGACUGCAUUUGCCUUACUGUGUGUGGGAUGUCUGAAUAAAUUCUGUCCCCACCCCUCCCUUCA